AUGUGGACCAUUGAUCGUCCCGUCAUUCAACCUGCGAUCCCGGACCUUCCUCGAAAACACGAAGCUCCUCCAGUAGAAGCCCAUCAGCUCUCCUUGGCACAUAUCAACUCUGUAGUGUUUGGCAGCGUUCCUGCCUCCUUCCUUUGGCCCCUUUGGCAGCGUUCCUGCCUCCUACCGACCGCUUCACCAUGCAAGGUGCACAUUGACCUGGUCGGUCCAUUAGCACUAUCUAAAGGAAACAGUUACAUACUCACCUGCGUCGACCGGUUUACGCGGUGGCCGGAGGCAACGCCCAUACCAGACGCUACUGCUCCCACCGUCGCUACGGCCUUUUUGGCAACUUGGGUCGCCCGCUUUGGCGUUCCGGAGGAAGUCGUAACGGGUCGGGGCACGCAGUUUGAGAGCGCCUUGUUCCAUGCUUUUACCAGCGCCCCCGGAACUGAAAGGCUUCGAACUUCUGCGUACCCCGCCUGCAAUGGACUAGUCGAGCGUUUUCACCGCCACAUGAAACAAGCUAUCAUGGCGCAAAACUCCCGAGAUCACUGGACCGAAACCCUUCCGUUGGUCCUUUUGGGUAUCCGAUCUGCGCUCAAGUCCGACUUGGGUUGCUCUUCCGCGGAACUCGUCUACGGAGCCCCGCUGCGGUUGCCUGCAGACGUUCUUAAACCGCCUCCCCAGCCUGUUCACCCUUCAACUUUCGUCACACAACUCUGGAACGCCUUCGCAACCCUCCAGUUUACUCCAACUCGUGCCUCAUCCGCGGCGCCACCUUUCAUUCCCACCGAACUGCAUUCCACGACACACGUACUUUUGCGCACCGAUCGCCUUCGUCGCGCCCUCGAACCUCCUUACUCCGGCCCUUACAAGGUACUGCAGCGCGCUUCUAAGACCUUCCUCCUUGACGUCCGCGGCCGACCCGAAAGUGUGUCGAUUGACCGGUUGAAGCCCGCAUUCCUCGACAACAUAGCCCCGGCCCACUAUCCUGACCCAUCUCUACCACCGGACAUAGUCACGCCUCCCAGGCCUCCAAGGCGUGUCACUUGGGCUUCGACUGCGCUCGCUCCAACACGUUCCUCCGGAACUCUGGACGAGGGGCAUAUGUAG